AUGUUACAAAGGCAAGAAUUAUAUGGCAGAUUAUCAAAAGCUAUGCCUGAUUUCAUAGUGGAUGAUUGGCAUGAGGUUGCCGACGAAGACUAUAAGGAUGAUGAUGAUGAUGAUGAUGAUGCUGAUGCUGAUGAACAUGCAAAGAGGGGUUAUGAUAAUGACGAUAAAGAUUCUGAUAAUGACGAGAAAAUGAUCAUUAUGAAAAUGUGGAUGAUGAUGAUGAUGGGGGAAGAGGACGACGACGAUCAAGAUGAUAUUCUUGGUGAUGAUGGUGAUGAUAAUGAAAUCAUCUACGACAAUCUUCGCUUCCGUAAAGUCUGCGAGAUUCGUACCAAGAAAGCUUUCCGAAGUCCAAAACGCAACUGUCUGAUGUAUCAACGCUUAUUCGAUCUCUAA